CGGUCGAGGCCUCCCCGCCAGGGCCCGGCCCGGGCCCCGAUCCCGCAGCCCCGCCAGGGCCCGGCCCGGGCCCCGAUCCCGCAGCCCCGCCAGGGCCCGGCCCGGGCCCCGAUCCCGCAGCCCCGCCAGGGCCCGGCCCGGGCCCCGAUCCCGCAGCCCCGCCAGGGCCCGGCCUGCCCCGAUCCCGCAGCCCCGCCAGGGCCCGGCCCGGGCCCCGAUCCCGCAGCCCCGCCAGGGCCCGGCCCGGGCCCCGAUCCCGGCGCUCCCCCGGCAUCUGCUGUGUGUUCUCUGCAGAGGUUUUCCCGGGACACAGUUAUGGGUGACCAAAUCCAGUUCAUUGUUGAGAAGCUCAAUCAGGAGCCCUUCAGGAAGAACUACAAUUUGAUCUCGUUUGACUCCCUGGAGUCGCUGCAGCUGCUGCAGCUGCUCAGUGAUGUUCUGGGGGAGAUUGACCCGAAGCAUGCUGUCGACAUUAGAGAGGAGCUGCCGGAACAAACAGCUAAAAGAAUGCUGAAUCUCCUUGGAAUCCUCAAAUACAAACCUCCAGGGACUGUGUCAGACCUGAGUGCUUUUCGCCAAGGGCUGGUUACUGGAAGCAAAACUGUAAUUCAUCCUGUCUUGCAUUGGCUUCUUCAGAGGACCAGUGAACUCAGGACAAGAGCUUACCUGGCACGUUUCUUAGUGAAACUGGAGGUGCCAGCAGAGUUCCUACAGGAUGAUACUGUGGCUGACUUCAACAAACAGUAUGAAGAACUCAUGGAAGCAUUUAAAAACCUACAUAAGGAGCACGAGCAGCUCAAAAUAUCUGGUUUAUCAACUGCAGAAAUAAGAAGGGACAUCAGUGCAAUGGAAGAGGAGAAAGAUCAACUGGCCAAAAGAGUAGAGCGCCUUAAGAAGAGGGUGGAGACAGUACAAAAUCAUCAACGGAUGCUUGAAAUAGCAAGACAGCUUCGCUUAGAGAAAGAGAGAGAAGAAUCUCUGGCUCAACAGAAACAAGAACAAAAAAGUCAGUUGUUCCAUGCAGAGCAGAGGCUGCAGAGAGCCCAGGUCCAGCUGAAGGAGAUGCAGCACGUGGUGGCAGAUUCCAAACCAGAAAGUUUAAUGAAGAAACUAGAAGAGGAGAUAAAUUUCAAUUCCUACCUGGUAAAUGAAAAAAUACCCAGAGAGAUGGAGAGUAAAAAGACUUCAGUGUAUUUCUUACAAAAGGUGGUUGCAGAGCCAGCCAUGACUCAAGCUGAUCUCACUGCACUGGAAAGUGAGAUAGAGGAAGUCAAUGCACAAAUUAAUCAGCUGAUUGAGAAAAGGAUCAUCACGUAUGAGCCAGCUGAUAGUAAAUUCUCCAUGUAUCGCCAGCAGGCUUCUAUAAUUUCCCGGAAAAAAGAAGCCAAGGCAGAAGAGCUUCAGGCUGCCAAGGAGGAGAUGUCCAGCCUGGAGAGGCAGGUGGAGCAGAAGAACAGUCAGGCCCACGAGCUGGGAGGCUCUGAAGUCCUGACUGAGGAUGAGUUCAAGCAGUACGUGAGCAAGCUCCGGAGCAAGAACACGUUUUACAAGAAGAAGCGGCAGGAAAUAGCAGAAAUCACGGCGGAGUGCGGGAUCCUGCAGAGGACGGAGGAGCUCCUGCGGCAGCGCCACGAGGCCGCCCAGCAGCAGUUGCAAGCAAUUGAGGAGAAGAAAGGAAUCUCUGGAUACAGCUACACCCAGGAGGAGCUGGAAAGAGUCUCUGCAGUGAAGAGUGAAAUGGAUGAAGUGAAAGGCCAGACAUUAGAUAACAUGUCUGAAAUGGUGAAGAAACUGAAUGCCAUGGUGGCAGAGAAGAAAGCAAGCCUUGCUCCUGUCAUCAAAGAGCUGAGGCAGCUGCGUCAGAACUGCCAGGAAUUAACUCAAGAAUGUGAUGAGAAGAAAAUCCAGUAUGACAGUUGUGCGGCCGGGCUGGAGACCAAUCGCUCGGCGCUGGAGCAGGAAGUGAAAGGGCUUCUUGAGGAGUGUGCCCAGGAAGAGAGCAACUAUCAUUACAUUAACUGCAUGAAAAGGAGCCUGGAGAUCCAGCUGCAGCGUGCCAAGGAGGAAAUGAAGGCCUACGUGUCCCCAGACCCGCAGGAGCGGCGCAGGACUCUGCGAGAACAGUAUACAUGGAUAAUCCUUGAACAAGAAAACCUUGGGAAGAAACUACGAGAGAAACAGAAAGUUGUACGGGAAAGUCACGGGCCCAAUAUGAAGCAAAUGAAAAUGUGGCAGGACUUUGAGAAAUUAAUGGAAUGUAAGAGAGAAUGUUUUCUGAAACAACAAAAUCAAGCAGCCAUUGGUCAGAUCAUUCAGGAAGGAGGUAAAGAUAGGCUUGUGUUAUGAAUUCUUACUCCCGAUACCCACAUGAAGUAGGAAGACUCUUGUUAAAUACUGUUGCUUUCAUCAAUUCUACAAUUUUUGUCCAUGGUUUGGUUUUGGUGCAUAAACAGAGAGAGCAAAGAAACCCCUCUGGAAUCUUUUGCUCCACUGUCUGAGUGACAAUGUGCCAUGGUUGGAAGCUGUUGGGAGGGCUGCACUGGGGUGAACCUGCUCGUAAAUCCAUGUUUUAUGAGGCCGGGAACGGCACGCAUCUGUAGGGAGAUCAAAGGGAAACAAAUCCUUCUGCAGGGUCACAGAAAACUCACGUAAUUGCUCUGCCUCUCAUUCUCUAUCGAUAAGGUUACAUUUUUGCAAGGCCUGAGAGACUUGAUAUUGUAUAACUGUGGCCCUCCUGGCUUGGCCCUGUUGUCCCUAUUGUCCUUAGCCACCCAGUGUGGCAGCAGGAGCGGGGCCACUGUCGGCCUGGCCCCAGCACUCCUGGCCAUUCUUUCCUUGCACGGUUGAGCUCAGCUGAUUGCCUGGAGAACAAUCACUUGGAUUCUGAGCUUUUUCCAUUAUCUUUUGCUGUUGUUGUUUUUUCCUUGAACAUUUACCCCCUUUAUAUUUCCUGAGUGUGAAAAUGUAAAGGGAGCUCAGCUGAAGCUCUCCCCAGGGAGGGGUUUUGAGCUGUUUUGUCUGCACAGUGCAAUUCCAAAGGGAUUAUACACACAAAGAGGGUCAUCCCGGGGCUGGAGGUUAUCCAUGGAUGUAGACAUGGCCCAGGGCUUCUUGCAUCUGGCCUGGAGUGCAGCCCUGAGCUGGGAGCCCCAGGCAGCUCCCUGCCCUCAGAGGUGAGUGCAUCCCUCAGGGGAACAGGGAUAGAGGUGAGGACUGAGAGUGUCCCUCACACGUCACCAUUCCAGAUGAGCAGCUCCUGGCCCCCGUCACAGAUCAGCAGCACAGAGAUAAUUCUGUGGGACCAGAACUCCUGCUGUUCUCCUUUGGCUUACUGGAUUCCUAGAUAGGUUGGUGGGGUUUUUUAUAGUUUUUCCUGCUUGAAGUAGAAUGUCUUUUUUCAGGAUAUUAAAAAAAAAGUAAUUUUGCUCUCUUUGAUACCUAACUAUGUCAGAUCUUCUGCUGGAUUCUAUAUCCAGAGAGUAUGGUAAUUAUAGAGUUCCUGGUUUGCUUUUGCAUUAAAUAUAUUUGUUAACAGGACUAAAAUAAAAGCUGGCAAAACUACA